AUGGCUAUAAUGAACGGCCGAAUGGAGUCCUCUCUCUGUGUGGUGUCUGUCCUCUCUGCAAUCGAGACCAAGUACUAUGAUUUGUGUUUGAGACAGUACUACGCUAACGGCACACAUUUGAUACAACUGUGGCUCUCAAACGACGAGCUCUUAGACUGCGAGUUCACGACGGAUACUAAAAGUGUCCGACAAUUUCUGUCGGAGUUUAAGAGAUCAGAUGUCAAUGCAUUCAAUCAAAAUCAAACUUAUUUCAGUGCGAAUGGCACCGACCUAUGGCCUCAGUGGUCGUAUUUAACUGAUUACAAGCAAUAUCACGAUCGAUGCCAUCGACUCCACAAGAAACUACUCAAACAAAUGAACUUCAAGUCGAAGUCGAAGUCGAAAAAUAAAAAGAAAAGCGAAUUACAGAGAUGGAAAAGAGCAGAUUUACUGGUAUUUCCGGGAACUAAUUGGUGUGGAAAAGGAUCUAAUAGUAAGAGUUUCGAAGACUUGGGACAUCACAGCUUCGCAGACCGGUGUUGUCGGGACCACGAUUACUGUACGUACACAAUACCCCCAUUCUCAUCGAAAUACCAUCUCUUCAACUAUAGGUUUCAUUAUGUCUCCCACUGUUCAUGUGAUGAGAGUAUGUUUGUCCCUUCAAACAACCCAUUCCCUAAAAACUGUAGGUUCCGAUCGUGUCUGAAGUUGGCGAAUACCGGUGCCGCCAAUCUUGUCGGUAAACUCUUCUUUAAUGUCGUACAGACCAAGUGUUUCCUGUUUAGAACGGAGAAGGUAUGCUCUCGGAGGUCGUGGUGGGGAAGGUGUCUGUCCACUAAACGCAAGAAAAAGGCUUUCUUUAGGAAUGGACUGAAAUACUGA